AUGAGUGCCUUAAGUGUCCCUACCGCUAGUCUCAAACAUCCGCAUACGCUGUCGUCCAUGGAUUUCCAAAAUGCGACUUCAGCCGUUGCUGCUAAAUCUAUGCGCUCAGAGCUUAACAAAAUGAUCCAUUCGCUUGGUCCUGAAGUCAGUGAGGGGCAGCGUAAGGCGUUCAAAAAUGAAAUGGAUAAUUUCCAUCACAUGUUUACUCGUUACUUAGCGGAUAGGUCGAAGGGGGUCGAAUUGGAUUGGGACAUGGUCAAGGAACCUCGCCCUGAACAGAUUAUUUUAUACAAAAAGCUUGCUUCAUGUGAAACAACAGAGAUUCUAGACAAACUAGCAGUACUAAAGCUUAAUGGUGGUCUUGGCACGACUAUGGGCUGUGUCGGUCCAAAGAGUGCUAUCGAAGUUAGAGAUGGAAUGACCUUCUUGGAUCUAAGUGUCAGACAAAUUGAGUAUCUGAACAAAAAAUAUAAGGUCAACGUGCCCUUUAUACUUAUGAAUUCCUUCAAUACGGACGAGGAAACCAAACGCAUUGUCCAAAAAUAUAGCAAUCAAAAUGUCCGUAUUCUCACUUUUAAUCAAUCACGCUAUCCUCGUGUGAACAAGGAGUCGUUUCUUCCGAUGCCACGUUCACCUAACGACGAUAGCAGUGGAUGGUAUCCUCCAGGUCACGGUGACUUGUACGAAUCGCUCGUGAAUUCCGGCCUAGUAGAUCUAUUACUUUCCGAAGGAAAAGAGUACCUUUUUGUCUCAAACGUCGAUAAUCUUGGUGCAGUAGUUGACUUGAAUAUCCUAAAUCAUAUGGUUGAAUCGGACUCUGAGUUCAUCAUGGAAGUCACUGAUAAAACUAGGGCGGAUAUUAAGGGUGGUACGCUAAUUGAUUAUGGAGGUGUAAUAAGACUCCUAGAAGUAGCUCAAGUCCCGCCAGGGCAUAUUGAAGAUUUUAAAUCAAUUAAAAAGUUUAGAAUCUUUAAUACCAACAAUCUUUGGAUGAGUUUGAAGGCGAUCAAGCGAGUCAUUGAUAACAAAGAACUCGAAUUAGAAGUUAUCGUUAAUAAUAAGACACUUGAUUCGGGAGUCAAAGUUCUUCAAUUAGAGACUGCUGUUGGUGCUGCUAUCAAGCAUUUCAAGAAUGCUCAUGGGAUCAAUGUGCCACGAAAUCGGUUCUUGCCGGUUAAAUCAACUUCCGAUUUAUUCCUUGUUACUUCUGACUUGUACUCGCUGCAUCACGGUGAGCUCAGGAUGAAUCCGCAAAGGGUUUUCCCUACGGUUCCAUUAGUGAAACUUGGUGACAAAUUCAAGAAGGUGGUUAAUUUCCUUAAUCGCUUCGAAUCGCCACCACAUAUUCUCGAGCUCGACCAUCUCACAGUUACGGGCGAUGUGACUUUUGGGGCUGGUGUUCAAUUAAGGGGGACUGUGAUUAUUGUAGCGAAUCAUGGUAAUAGAAUUGACAUUCCUACAGGUGCUAUUCUUGAGAACAAGGUAGUCAGUGGAAAUCUUAGAAUUCUUGAUCAUUGA